AUGAAGGACAUUCUCGCCGUCAACACACACACAACUUCUCGUGCCCACCAGGACCACAUCACCAUUCAAUCCGAAGGUCUCAUUGAAGAUCAGAAAGUCGGCUUAGCGAAAGAUCCCACAACCUUGUACAAGGUGCCCACAGAUCUGCAACGGACCGAAGGCGAUUCUCGCAUUGCAUCCCUGCCUGUGGCGGGACCUUACAUUCUUUUCCAAGUCUUUCGUCAUGAGAUUUCGGAGAAGAGCAUCAAGAGUUUGCUGUCUCAUAUUCAGAAUCUCCUGGAGGGAAUAUGGGUCAAACGCAAUUACGAACACCCAGCUGAGAUUAGUCAAAAGGCCAAGGACACGUUCCACGAUUCUUUCCAAAUCCGCUCACUCAGGUUCAACAAGGUUGUCAAUGAGGAGAAAGUUGACCGCCUCACAAAGAUCGUUGUACCGUGCUUACCUGAAGACGGCGAGUGGUGGGAUGGGCAUGUUCCUCUUUUGACAAAGCGUCAUCAAGAUGGCUCAAUUGACAGGCCUUACAAGUACGAAGCCAUGGAUCCGAUCAAGUUCCAUCUCUAA